ACGACUCGGUGCCCGCAGUCUUGCCAGACGACUCGGUGCCCGCAGUCUUGCCAGGUGACUCGGUGCCCGCUGUUCCGCCAGUUGACUCGAUGCCCGCUGUUUGCCAGACGACUCGGUGCCCGCAGUCUUGCCAGACGACUCGGUGCCCGCUGUUCCGCCAGUUGACUCGAUGCCCGCUGUUCCGCCAGACGACUCGGUGCCCGCAGUCUUGCCAGACGACUCGGUGCCCGCUGUUCCGCCAGUUGACUCGAUGCCCGCUGUUCCGCCAGACGACUCGGUGCCCGCAGUCUUGCCAGACGACUCGGUGCCCGCUGUUCCGC